CUGCAGCUCUGCCAAUCCCAUCGCCGUCACUCCCGCCGGCCGUCAUCACACAGCCUGUCGAUUGUCCUGCAGCUAUUUUCGAGCAUCCCAGCGGCAGGGCAGGGCUCAUCAUGAUGCGCAUGAGGGGGAGGCUUCUGGCCUGCUUCUACUGCGGGAAGCGGUCAUCGAUCAGAUACGACGGACGGAUACGCGACUUUCUAUGCACUUACUGCGAGGCCACAAACUACCUGGACGAGAAUGGCGACAUCACGGAUCCGCCUGCCCUUGAAUCGUCAACUCCGAAGCAAUUCGCCAAACAGUUGCCUUCCCGGCCUGCAUCACCCACAGACAGCAUCUUUUGCGAAAAAUGCCUCAAGAACCAACGGUUAUUUACAGCAUCGUUGGCGCAGUACCUCCCCGACGAUCCUUCUCAUCCAGACUAUGCCGAGCUCGAGCGCAAAUACUAUCGAUACCGCAAAGACUUGGAGAAGCGCUAUCCCCAAGUUUGUUCAGACUGCGCCAAGCGAGUGGAAGAUCGCAUAAACCAGGCUGGUUAUACGGCCAAAACAGACCAUCUGAGGCGGAUGAUGGAAAAGAGCAGAGGCAGAAGAGUCCCCAAGAGAAUGACAUCCCUUGAUGUGGCAAACGCCAUGGGACGGUGGUUAUGGUGGGGUGGCUUGGUUAUUCAGAUUGCUUGGCAUCUGGUGAGCGUAUCAUACGUCUUGGAAGCGCAAGCGACGAGCAAGGACGGCAUGGUUGACCCGGACGAUGAGAGCGCCACCAAGGGGAUGAUUUCUUGGCUUAGCUACCUGCGUGGCUUCUUGCCGGCGGCCGAUACCCUGAUUAGAUGCAGUAUAAAUACCGGAUUUCUUUCGGCUUGGUGGAAUCCGCACUUUGUGCAACUUAAUCGCGGCUUUACCCGGCAUCUAUUGGGAUUCACGCAGUGGUAUUGCUUUCAGGGGCUCAUCAUCUUCUUUCGAUACAUCUUCCGCUCUGUUCUCCAUAUGCAGGGUGGUCAAGCUCAGUCCGACAGGGCGCAAAUCAGCGCGCAUUUCGCAAUGGCCUGCAUUAUGGGACUGAUCUACUCGCUUGCGAGAAAGUCUAUCAAGGUAGAUACGACGCCCUUAUUCGGCGUGACUGAGAAAACAGUGUCUGCGAGCCAGAUGCCUAAACCGACACCUAGAAAGAAGAUUAGAGAACCAAAGACGCUAGCUGAAGCACUCACCGAGGCCCUCGAAUCGGCAAACUCUUCACCAAUGACGAUGAAGAAACCCACUCCAGCAAGAGCUUGGGAAUCGAUAGAUCCUUCACCCAUUAAAAGACCUAUGCCAUCAAGGGCCUUUGAAAUCGACUCAGCAACUUCAUCUCCAACCAAAGAAUUCGCACCGCGGCGAUUCCAAGAGCUAUUACCGCCUUCUCGUGCCGCAAACCCAUUUCGGACGACUCAUGAUGAGCUUUCUUUUGCUGGCUUCAGCAUAUCAGACAAGUCCCCUCAGAAAGGCCUUCGAUCACAAGACCCUGACGCGAUGGAUUGGUCCCCUGUACCAAAACAAUUGCAAAGAUCCCAAUACCGUGCCUUUCAAGACUCCCCUGUGCCAUCUAAGCUUGGCGCACGCCCGUUUGGUCAAUCUCCUACACAACCCGAUGCUGGACCCUUUUGGUUCAAGGUACCAGCCGCACCAACAAACCCAGCACAGAGGCUCCGCAAUCUUCCAAGUGCUCCACUAUUUAAUAGAGCGUUCUCAGAACCAAGAAGAGAGGAAGGAGAUUUCGGGUUUGGAAAGCACCGGCUGGACGAAAUGCGAGAAGAGCCGUCUAGAGCGAGCAGCGUGGACUUUAAAGGCCCUAGUUUCUUUGCACCGGAAGAUCCCGAUGAUACGGAUGCACUUGCUGAUGCUCUUGGCCAGAGCUUUACUUUUGCAAACGAUGCGGAUGAAGAAUCUGAUUCGGAAGAAACUGUCGUUAACGAAGAACUUCCCAUUCUCUCUAGCGGGCAAUCCUCUCAUAAAUACGACCUCUAUUUCUUGGUCACUAUGUUUUUACUUUGGUUCAUCCCAUUGAUCGCCACCGUUCCUUAUUGCAAAGAAGCACAACUCACAAUAUUGUCUAUUGCUGGUAUUAUCGCUAUUCGAAGCAUUGGAGGAGCUACCCAGCAACUCUUGGGCGGUGACUCCAAUUCGUCUGGCCUAGCCAUGUUUAUCGCUUCAGUUACAAGUGUGGGCGAGCUAAGUGCUCUUUGUUGGACCGGAUGGCAGCUAUGGACCGACCAGGGAGACGUUUUCCAGCAUGGCGCGGCCGUGUUGGCGUCUAUGCUGGGACAUCAAGUAUUAAGGGGCAUUUCUUUAAGACAAAACUCAUAACAUUGGACUGUAUAAUUUCUGUUGUUGUUUUUUCCCCCUCCUUCUUCUAGCUGAUGAAACGGAGAUGUUGGAUAUAAUGGCUCCACUGGUUGAUAAGACCGUAAUGGUGGAUGGAUGGAAACUCAUUUCAUACAAGCGCAGCAUCAUGGACGAUAACGGCGUUUUUUGGACUAGAAAAGGUCAUGGCAUUUUUGGACCUCUGCAUGUGUAGAUAGUGACAAGGAUAGGAGAAAAGGGCUAUUUGUAAGAUUGGGAAUUGAUUGGGCCUAAUGGAAUAAUGACAACAUUGAGAUUUUGGAUAUCUCGACGACAACUCCAUUUUCUGCCUUGAACUAGCUUCUACUCGUCUCUGCUAGUGACCUAUAACUGAUGAAAGGGGUGUUCAUGGUUUUCGUUGACAUAUUCGGUAAGAAUCGAUGGUGG